AAACAGUACUUAAUAAAUUUUCUUUCUUCCCCAAUUUGCUUUACUAUAUAAAGUUUAUGCUAUUAAACCCAUUACCCUUUAUACCCUCUCUCUCUCCUCUUUCUCUCUCAAGAAUUCAUAGUCAGAUCAAAGAGGUAAAAAUUGCAAACUUUCUCUAAGUAUCAAUUUUUGCUAAUCUUUUCUUUGGAAAUUUACUUUUUUACCUGUUUUAGCUUUGUGGGUAUGCUAAAGAUUUGAUUUUGACAAUAUUUUGUUAAGCCCCAAGUUUGGUUCUUUGUGUAUAUACUCUUAUUGAGCUAAGUUGUUGCUCAAUUUUUCAUAUGGGUAUUAUAUGAUGGUUUCAAGAUUCAAUUUUUAUGGUGUUUUAGGAUUGGGGUUUGUUAGAUUGAGUUGAUUUAGUAGUUGUUAUGUUGGAUUAGUAUGAAUUGUGGGAGAUAAAUGUUUUUGUAAUGUUUUGGGAGUUUCAAGAAUGUGUUUUUAGGACAGAAAAUGAUAUAAGGGCUGAUUUUUAGUUGUAAAGUUGGGUUUUUUCGAAGUUUAGUAUUUUACGAGUUUCAAGAAUGUGUUUUUAGGACAGAGAAAAAGGAUUUAAGGGCUGAUUUUUGGUUGUGAAGUUGGGAUUUUUCAGUUCUGAGAAGUGACUAAUUGAUUUUGGAAAAUGAAUAGUUCUGGCAUGGGUGGUGGUUUCUUAUCAGGGUAUAAUGGUGGAUUUUUGGGGAUGAAUAGGUUGCAACAGCCUCAAUCAAAUAGUAAUAAUGCAGCUUAUGGUCAUGAGAUUAAUCACAAUAUUGUUCAAUCAUCGGUGAAUCCAAAAUUGGGACUUGAACAUGAUAAACCGAUUGGUCUAAUGGAUGGUAAGGGUUGUAUGGCAUUUGGGAAGGAUAAAGCAGUUGGGCCAAGUAAUGUUAGUAAUAAUCCGAAUAGCAAUACCAGCGACGAGGAUGAGCCUAGCUUUACGGAGGAUGGAAAUGGUGAUAAUAACGGUGGGGCCCAGGGUAAAAAAGGUUCUCCGUGGCAGCGAAUGAAAUGGACCGAUAAUGUCGUUAGGCUUCUUAUACAAGUAGUUGCAUGUGUUGGAGAUGACGGUAGUUUGGAGGGUCAGGGUCCUGAAGCGGGGUUGAAGAGAAAAUCCGGGUGCAUUCAAAAAAAGGGUAAAUGGAAAACAGUCUCGCGAAUAAUGAUGAGUAACGGUUGUCACGUCUCGCCUCAGCAGUGCGAAGAUAAGUUCAACGAUUUGAACAAGAGGUACAAGAAAUUGAAUGAUAUUCUCGGUAGGGGUACUUCUUGUGCUGUGGUGGAAAAUCCGUCUCUAAUGGAUUCCAUGCCGCAGCUUUCUGCUAAGGCCAAGGACACGGUGAAAAAGAUACUUAACUCUAAACAUUUGUUUUAUAGAGAGAUGUGUGCUUACCAUAACGGACAAAAGAUACCUGAUUGCAAUAAUAUUGAAUUUCCGGUUCACUCUUCUUCACCUGUUGCGGCGGCACAGUGUGCAAAAGAUCAGUAUGGGUCCCACGGAGAUGAAGCUGAAGAACAUAACGAAAGUGAUGAUGAUGAUGAUGAUGAAUCGGAUGAUGAAGAAGAUAACCACGAUGAUGAGAGAACAAGACGAGUUGAAGAAAAUUGCACACAAACUAGCGGGCAUGAUAAUCUUUUGGCUGAAAUUAAUGAAUUUUUUCAAGACCCGACAAAAACCAAGUGGGAACAAAAAAUGUGGAUUAAGAAACGGAUGCUACAACUAGAAGAGGAAAAGAUUGGAAUCCAAGCUGAGGCGUUUGAGUUGGAGAAACGUCAGUUUAAGUGGCAAAGGUUUUGCAGCAAGAAAGACAGGGAGCUUGAAAUAGAAAGGCUGGAGAACGAGAAAUUAAUGUUGGAGAAUGAGCAUAUGGCAUUGCAACUGAAGCAUAAGGAGCACGAAAUAGACAGUACGAAGCCCGAUAUUUCUUUCAAUUCUGCACCUCUCAGCUUAGAUAGACCUCGGGGAAGAGAUCAGAUCGAUGCAGCUAGGUAUCAUUAACUAUUAAGGAGUACAUCGGAAUCUCCAAGUUUUUUUUUUUGUUUUUUGGGAACCUGUAUGUCAUCGCCCCCUUCUUUUGUACAAUAUUUUACAGCUCAGCAUGCAGUAAACUUGUUAAGCACUUC